ACACAUUGUGGGGGACGUAUUUCACCGUAACAUCCGUGCGGCUAAAAACAUUAGCAUUUAGCAUCGCAGUCAUGAGCCUCAGCCGCGACUUUCAUCCAUAAAACGCCUAAACUAAAGCACAAAUCUACAGGUUUGUGCAUUUAGCGUUUCAUUGCGGGUUCGUUUAACGGUAUUUCUAAGACGCGGGGCUGCAUUCGGGGCUCGUUAGCGCCGUCAGCUUGUUAGCAUUAGCAUUAGCAUUAGCCCGGACUCAACCUGAGAUCAGUGAAUUUGAUGUGUUUUUGAGAAUUUUGAGAAGAUGGAGCCUGCGGCCACGAAACGCAGAGAAGGAAAGAAGUCUCUGCGGGUAAAGGUGAUCAGCCUCGGGAAUGCGGAGGUGGGAAAGAGCUGCAUCAUAAAGCGUUACUGUGAGAAGAGGUUUGUGCCCAAAUAUCUGGCAACCAUCGGCAUCGACUAUGGUGUGACCAAAGUGCAGGUGAGGGACAGAGAGAUCAAGGUGAACAUUUUCGAUAUGGCUGGACACCCCUUUUUCUAUGAGGUGCGUAAUGAGUUCUAUAAGGACUCUCAGGGCGUGCUACUGGUGUACGACGUGGGGCUCAGGGACAGUUUUGAGGCUCUGGACUCAUGGCUUGGAGAAAUGAAGCAGGAGAUGGGCUCCACAGCCAACAUGGAGAGCAUCGUGUUCAGUGUGUGCGCCAACAAGGUGGAUCUGACCAAGCGUCGCGUGGUGGACGAGGGCGAGGGACGUCUUUGGGCCGAGUCCAGAGGGUUCCAUUAUUUUGAGACAUCGGCUCAGAGCGGAGAGGGCAUCAACGAGAUGUUCCAGUCCUUCUUCUCGUCGAUCGUGGACAUGUGUGAAAAUGGUGGGAAGCGUCCUGUGUCCGAGAGCGCCGCUGGAUUCACAAAGGAACAGGCUGAUACCAUCCGCCGUAUCCGUAACAGCAAAGACUCAUGGGAUAUGCUCGGGGUCAAGCCGGGUGCCACAAGGGAGGAAGUGAACAAAGCGUACAGGAAGUUAGCGGUGCUGCUCCAUCCGGAUAAAUGUGUGGCUCCAGGAAGUGAAGAUGCCUUUAAGGCUGUGGUGAACGCCAGAACAAGUCUGCUCAAGAACAUCAAGUAAAGCACUACAUGGGGCACAACGGUCAAAGGUCAACCCUUACCCCCUAGCCUCCUAAUCCCAAACCUCAUAACCCCCUAACCCCAUAAUACCCUAACCCCCCGACCCCAUAUCCCCCAACCCAUAACCUCAUAACCCCUUAACCCUCAACCCUCUCAAGCCCAUAACCCUCUAAACUCCGUUAACCCAAUAAACCCCUAACCCCCUAACCCUAUAACCCUAUAACUCUAUUCCAAGAGACUUCAACCCUGUGCAACACCAGAGACUAAACCACAUGCACAGGGUGUGACCGUCUGUGGGACACCGUGAGACUGAAGUGCUGAGCUGCUCUGAAGCCGUUUGAUUGGGACAUUGUUCAGUGAAACACCUCAAACAACAUAUUCAGAAAUAUUUAUGUAUUUAUCUAUUUAUUUCUCCCUUUUAUGUCUCCUCUCUCCUCACCUCCUCUCCUCGUGUCUUCUCUCCUCAUCUCCUAGUCUCUCCCUUCCUGUCUCCUCUCCUCAUGUCCUGGUCACCUCCCUCCUAUGUCUCCUCUCUCCUCGUCUCCUUUCUCGUCUCCUCUCUGCUUGUCUCCUAAUCUCCUUGUCUCUCCCCUUCUAUGUCUCCUCUCUCCUCGUCUCCUUUCUUCUCAUCUCCUCUCCUUUUCUUCUCUCCUCGUCCCUCGUUUCCUUGUCAAAGUCACUGUAUAUCAAAGACUUAAAAUGAAUUUUUGUAUUUUUAUUUGAUAAAUGAAGUCGUUUUUUGUAUUUUUAUUUGAUAAAUCAAGUCUUGUUUUUUGUGCCAUGUUUCUGUGCCAAAACUAAACUGAAUGAGACCA